AUAGCGGUUCUUCCUCCACCUUCCCUGAUCCGAACUGCUAUCGCUGAUGCCUGAGUGAUCCGUCCUCGUCCACCCCACCACACACAUCCCACCCUCGACAGUCCCCAGUCAUGCCCUAUUCUCACCACAGCCACUCAGGUCAGUUCUGCGCCCAUGCGAAGAACACAUUGGAAGAGAUGAUCCAGGAGGCUAUAUCAAAAGGCUUCCACACCUUCUCCCUGACAGAGCACAUUCCACGUCACAUCGAGGAUUUCUAUCCAGAAGAAGAACUGGCAUAUACCGAAGCAAGCCUCGCGAAGCUAUUCGAUGAUUUCACAGGUGAAGCAGCCCGACUCAGGGAUGAGUACUCCCCCAAGAUAAACAUUUUUAUCGGCUUCGAGACCGAAUGGAUCCGGCCUUUAUCCCUGACCCUGAUCCAGGAGAUCCUCGCAAAGCACACGUUUGAUUUCUUCAUGGGAUCCGUCCACCAUGUUCAUACCGUUCCUAUCGAUUUUGACAAGGCAGCGUACGAAAGGGCUCGGGCAAAGGCAGGCGGCACAGACGAGAGGCUCUUCGAGGACUAUUUCGACUCCCAGUAUGAAAUGCUCCAAGCACUUGAACCGCCUGUUGUUGGACAUUUUGAUCUCAUACGUCUAUUGAGCGACGAGCCCGAUGCCGAAUUCAAUGGAUUUAAUGGCGUUUGGGAGCGCAUUCAUCGUAAUCUGGAAUACAUUACCUCGUAUGGCGGGAUACUCGAGCUCAAUUCUUCGGCACUUCGGAAGGGCUUGGCUCAGCCUUAUCCAUGUCUGCCCAUCUGUGAGGCAUUUCAGCGCAUGGGAGGACGUUUCACAAUAUCCGACGACAGUCAUUCUACAGAUCAAGUCGGUACGAACUACUUUCGGCUAUUGGACUUCGUACAGAAGGCGAGGGUGAAACACAUCUGGUAUGCCGACCGUAAUGCUCCGCGGAAGGACAACCGCUUCCCCAAUGCCGGCUUUUCGAGCAUAGCCGUUAGUGAGCUUGCACAACUUCCCUUCUGGACGGCCAAUCAGUAAAAAAAAAAGUCACCACCAGAAAGUCGCUGCCGCAAAGCCGUGAAUAAGCACCUCUCUUCAUGAAAAUGAGUAAUACGACCAAUCACGUCUUGAUACCGUGAACUAG